AUGGUUUUGAAAAUUUCCUCACAAUAUCCUCUCCGUCAUGUGAAAUCUCUCAUGGUCAAUGCUCAAGAAUCUACAACUCUCUCUUUGAUGAAUAAUACGAUUCAACAACUAUCAUCAUUGCCACCAUCAAUACCACCAAUACCAUCAAUACCACCAAUACCAAUACCACCACCACCACUACUACUACUACACUCAUCAUGUCCAUCAUCAUCACCGAACAAAUCCACAAACCAUACAGUCAAUCCUCACAACAACACCAAUAACACCACACCUCACACAAUGCACAAUAACAACAAUAACACCACCAUCACCACCACCACCACUGCAUCCAUUCCGAAUACUACAAGCAGUAGUGGAUACAUUUAUUCAAUGUGUAAAUCUCAUCAAGGUGACAUGUUGUGUUGUGUGAAUACUUGUGGUUCGAUUCAUAUUUAUUCUCUCUUCAAUCUUGAAUUAAUUUUUGAAUUUUCUUAUCGAUCUAUUUUUGAUCAAAAUCACAUGUAUAGAAAUCAACGAGUGAUUGAAGAAUAUUAUGUUUGUAAAUUUUCACCAGAUGAUUAUUCCAUCUGUGUUGGAGGUAAAAGAAAGAAUCGAUAUGAAUGGGAUGUUUUAGAUGAUGAUAACAAAAUAUUGGAAUGUCCUCUCACAUGUAUUAAUUUAGUAACAAAUCAAAUUAAUUACUUAUAUGGACAUACAGAAGAAAUUCUAUGUUUGGAAAGUAUUCAAGUGAAUGAUUUAUUUUAUUAUGUGACUGGAUCUUAUGAUGGAACUAUUAUUAAAUGGUUAAUGAAUUCCAAUGAUCAUUACAUGACAUGUUUGGACAAACAAAUUAUUACUCAUCGAAGUACCAAUGUUGUACUUGAUAUCAAAUUUAUAUUUUAUGAUAAGAAGAGAAAUGAAUUUAUGAGUCAUGGUGGUGGCAUUAUUCAUCAUCAUCCUCCUAAUUGUAAGAGUUGUUAUGGUGACAUGUCCAUCUUUAUGAUUGGUGCUUGUGAUCAUCGAAUUAAAAUUUAUGAUUUUAAUUCGAAUCAAUUAUUGAAGAGUUUUGAUUUACCUGAAUAUGAUUUAUAUUGUGCAAGUUUACAAGUAUUAAUGGAAUCCUCUGUGUUCAAUCAAAAGAAUGAUACUUUGACACGAUGUUGUGAUAGGACAUUCUCAUCCUUCCCAUCCUUCUCAACCACUACUACAACAACAACAACGACUCCUCCUAGUACUACCACCUCUACUACUACUCCUACUACUACAACAACUCCUACCACCUCUGCUACUACUCCUAGUACUACCACCUCUACUACUACUUUAAAACAACCAGUGAUACUCGAGACCACCAAUCCUUCCCAUCCACUCACUCUUCAUCUCAUUACAAAAGGAGUAAAUCAACAACAAAACAACUCUCCUUCACACAUUCAUUUAAGAAAACUUUCAAUUCAUGUACAAAAUAUUUCAAAAUCAACGUUAGAAACUAUUCAUACUUUUACACAUUCACAAUAUCAAUGUAAUUCAUGGAUGGUGAAAUGUAAAUACUAUUCAGGUUAUUUAUUUACUCCUUCCAAUCAUGGAAAAUUAUUUAUUUGGAAUUUACAUGAUAGGAAAUUAUGUGGAAUUUUAAAUGAUCAUUCUGGAAAUGUUAGAAAUGUUGAAUUUGAUCAUCACCAUGAUCAUUCCUAUCAUGAUUCACAAUUAUCAAUGACAAGUUUUCGAUUAUUUACCUGUGGAGAUGACAGUAUUGUUCAUGUCUAUGAAGGAGAAGGAAAAAGAAGAACAACAUUACCAAUAGUUACUACCAACAACAACAACAACAACACUUGCAGCAGCAGCACUACUGCUGUUCAUCAUGAACGACCUUCUCACUUCACCACCCAUCCACAAGAUGGUACUACCAAUACUACUACCAAUACUGCUGGUGGUGAUGAUGAAAAUCAUUCAACAACAACAACAACAGCACCACCAAUGAAUGUGCAUCGAAAGAGAAUGAUUCGAAGAAAUCAUGCUGUCUCCUCUUCCACCAAUUUGAAUGUUCCAUCCAAUUCUUCUUCUCCUCUCAACAACAAUACAAACACUUCCAACAACAGGCAUUCCUUAAACAUUGCCACGACUAGUAUUAACACCAUCAAUACCAUCAAUACCAUCAAUACCACCAAUACCACCAAUACCACCAAUACCACCAAUACCACCACUAGUAGUAGUAGUUGCAGCAGUACAGAUGGAUCGAUAAAUCAUCAUCAUCAUCAUCAUCAUAAUAACGGAGAGGACAAGAGUAGCAACAACACUUCUUCUCACCACCACCACCGAAGAAAAUUCAGAAAGAAUAUCUCUAAUCAUUGUACGAGGAGCACUACGACCACCACAUUGACCACCACAUUGACCACCAACACUACGAAUGAAUAUCACACAACAGCAGCACUAGACAUGAUGGAAGAGUUUCACAAAGAGCAGCCAAAUGUCAUGGAUCUUGGCAAGAAUACUACGAACACUACGACCACCACAUUGACCACCACCAUUGAUGCAUCACCAUCCUCCAACUUGUUUCCCAUUACUCCUCCUAGUACUUUUGCAUUAACUCCUACAAGUGCGAUCCUAUUGUCUCCAUCACCAUUCUCUUCAUCACAACCGAAUGAUGAUUCUUCCUUACCAACCUUCACACAAUCACCAACACCACCACCACCACAAACACAACAACCAUAUAAUCAAACGUAUAAUCAAACAUAUAAUCAAACAUAUAAUCAAACAUAUCAUGGACAGCAACAACAACAACAUCUUUAUACUAUUCCUUCUUAUGACUCAAUGCAAGUCGAUGAGGUUUUCAAAAACGAUGACGACGAUCAAGAUUUAUAUUUUCCAAGCGUAAGUCAUUUACUGGAGGAAGAAGAAGAAUCUUGA